UAGCUGUCCAGUUUUUCUUUUCCUUUUCAGUGCUUGAUUCCAUUUUCACCCUUCUCAUUUUUACCCAGUUAGUACAUCACUGUCUACACUCAGUGAAUUCCCUGAACUUAUCAGUACUAUUGCCGUUAUUUUUUUUACCAUUUCAUAGCCAUUCAAAGGGAAAAAAAACUAGUACGGUGCAAAGGACUGAGUAGUGGCAGUGAGUCCCCAGCACAGCACAUAAAAAAUUCAUGGUUUUUUUCAUUUUUAGAAAAAGACACAAUUAUUCAUUAAAAACAACGUUUGUUACUGUUUUAUUUUCAAAAUUUUCUUCACCCAUGAACUUUCGUUAAAAUUUGAAAGCAUUCUUAUCUGCCCCCACACAGUUCACAAGUCUCACUCACUUUUUUUCGUACCUUCUGUCCCCUCUCUGCUCCUCUUCACUCUCCCCUCCCCACCCAACCCAACUUGCUUGUGCCUCCUCCUCUCCCUCACUCUCUUCUCUUUGUUUUCAUUUUCUCACACUUUCCUUGAAAUUCUUCUCUCAAAUUCUAACUACUUGUUUUUGUCUUUUCUCACUCCAUUACUACUAUUAAUACGUGUCUAUCUUUCUCCCUUUACUUUCUUUCUUUUAUUCUCAUUCUCUUCAACGAAUAUCUCUAUCUAUCUUUCUUUCUUUCUUUUUUUUCCUCUCCACUUUCAACAACACUUCAAAAACCUCAAACACAAACAAAAACAGAACAUAGCUUCAUAUUCAUCAUGACAACAAAGAAAAACACUCACCUCCUUAACCUUACAAAAGAAAACACACCAAAACAACCAUUUCCAAAAAUAGUAAGAAUAACUGUCACAGACAAUGAUGCUACAGAUUGUUCCAGCGACGAAGAAGAAUCAUACACCACGCACUUCUUAGAUCGUAACCGAGGUAUAAAGUUUGUUGAUGAGAUUAUCAUAGAGCCAUGUACUGUGAGCAAGAAUAAUAACACUAUUAGCAACGGCAACGGUAACGGCGUCGUUUCGAGGAAAAGAAACAGAAACAGAACCACCGGAGGAAGAAAAACAAGAGCUCCGGUUAGUAUUCCGGCGAAGAAAUACCGUGGAGUGAGGCAGAGACCAUGGGGAAAAUGGGCGGCGGAGAUAAGAGACCCGGCGCGUGGAGUGCGUGUGUGGCUUGGUACAUUUCAAACGGCUGAAGAAGCUGCUAUUGUGUACGACAACGCGGCUAUUAAGUUGCGUGGACCAGACGCGCUAACUAAUUUCAUAACUCCACCUGUAAGUGCAGCUGCCACGUGUCAGUUAUCAUCACCACCACCGGAAAAUGAAAUUCCUCUUUCGUCAUUACCGUUACCGGCAAACUCCGGUGAAGAAUCUCAAUCUCAAAACAAUAAUAAUAAGAGUUUAUUUUCUCCUACUUCAGUUCUUCAAUGUUGUUCAUCUUCUGAAGAAGUAGCUGAAUCUGAAUCAAUGUUUUCAAUUCCAAGUGAUAUACAGUUUGAUUUUCAAGAUUCUUCACAAGCAAAUGAUGCAUUUUACAACUUCAAUGGAUUCUCAGAGAGCAUGUUAUAUGGUGAUAUUGGUUUUGAGUAUUUCGAUUUUGGGUUAGAAAGCUUGCAGACACAUAAGGAUGAAGACUUUUUUCAAGAUAUUGAUGAUUUAUUUGCUUCAGAUACUACUGUUCUUGCUCUUUAAUUUUGUGAGUUUAGUUAUAUAAUAAUAAUAAUUAAGUGAUUAAUUAACAACUAUAAUUAUUAUUAGGAUUCUCGUUGUUGUGUUGCCUUCUUAACAGGCAAAUUUUGUACCGGCGAGAAUGUAUUAAGCACUAAUUAAUUUAUUUUUCUUUUAAAUUGUUUGUGGUAUUUGUUAAUGUAAUGUACUAGUAAUAUGGUUGCUUCAUGCUUGGUCCUUGAAGGUUUGAACGAUUGUAACAAUUUUGUUUAAUGUUUAAUUAUAAUUGUAAUAUCUGCCUAUUAUUUA